AUGCGCUGCACCUCCUGUUAUGAUUGCGGCAGGCUCGCGACUCACAUGCAUGGAUCUAAUGGUUGCUGUGGAGCGUGUCCUUCCCCCAGAAUAGUGCUGCCACAGGACAGUACGAGAUAUAGUACUUCUUCCCCCCGAAUAGUGCUGUCAGAGGAUAGUACGAGACAUAUUAUGGGACAGUUGGGACAUGGUAUGGGGCAGUUGGGACAUAGUAUGGGGCAAUCACAAAAUUCUCUUCUGUGCUGGUGUUGUAGCAAUUCUUUUAACGAAAGAUGUAGAUGUUCAAUACAUAGUUAUACGAUUGAAGAUCCUAAGUGUACACAUUGCAACCCAGAUAACAUCAUUGGGGAAACUGUAUCGUCCCCUCCUCAAUCCGAUGAAUUCUGCGGCCAUCAUUAUGCUUGUCACAAUAUUAAGACACAUAUUCAUCGUACUUUUUAUAAAGAUGAUAGAGUUUCAGGGAGGCCUUGUUGCAGAAAAGAAUGUAAAAUCGGACCUCAUAGAAGUUCUGGUAGUUGUUGGUGCUGUAAAAAACCUGUCCACGAAGGAUGUAGAUGUUCGAUAUUUAGGUCUCUUGGUUGCUCUGCUAUAUGUGCUACUUGCCGACCAUCUGCCUUCGCUAAACCUAAAAUGGAUAUCCAUAAAAAAGAUAACUAUUCGUACCGAAACUACUCUGCUGUAAUCGAAGAAUGUUGUAUUGAUGAUAAAAGCGAAAAAUCCCCUAUGCCGAUAGUCCUUUGGUGUCAUCCACGUUCAUGUUCUUCUGCAUUCCAACGAGCAUUCCUUCAGCGUCCCCAAGAAUUUAAGUGUUUUCAAGAACCAUGUAGAGAUGAUGAUUCCUUGAGUAUGAUUUUUGGAAAAUAUUAUCAACGAGAAAAAGACCAUAGAAAAAGUCAGAAUCAAUUUUAUGAAGAUAAUAAACCACUUAGAGUGUUUGCCAAAGAUAUGGCAUAUUUCAUUAGAGACAAGUAUGGACCAAAUGUCAGAAAUCCAUCUUUGCCCAGGUCGACACUUUCAAUGAUUAGACAUACAUUUCUUAUCCGAGAGCCAUCAAAAUCCGUAAAAUCCCUUUAUCGACAAAUGUAUUCACAAUGGUAUAAAUCCCUCAAAGAAAGUGGAUUUGAUUUUAGAUCAGCAAUAGACCUCAAAAAAAGAAGAAUUGAGUUUGGAUUUAACACUUUACUAAUAGGCAUCAAAGAACUUGCUGAGUUUUUUAAAUAUGUUAGAGAGGAGUUUAGUGAUCAGACAUCCCUGGUGAUAGACGCAGAUGAUCUCUGCAAGGAUCCAAGAGGUGUAUUAGUGAAGUAUUGUAAGUUAAUUGGAGAGGAGUUUGAUGAGAGUAUGAUCUCUUGGAAACCAGGAAAAGUCGAAAAUGUGGAAUCAUGGCGUGGAUGGCAUAGUGAAGAUAUUCCUUGUUCAACUACUUAUAGACUUACUACUUCGACAACAAAUUUGGCAAAUCAUCUAAGAAUAAUACCG